CCGCGUCUCUGCACGACCGACCACCAUGGCCUCCGCAAUGAGAGACCACUCCUCCAUGAAGGCGACUAUGCCGUCCUACACUCCGGGCCCUUCGCAUCUUGUGCCCUCGUCAUCCUUUUUCUCGUCGUCCUCUGGUCCAGCGACGUGGCUGUAUACGGUUAUUGCCGUCGCCCUGGCACUCCUUGCAUUGGAGCAAUCUGUCUAUCGCUACAAGAAGCGCCACUUGCCGGGUGACAAAUGGACCAUUCCAAUCAUCGGCAAGUUCGCGGACUCCAUGAAGCCCACAAUGGAAGGCUACAUGGCGCAGUGGAACUCGGGCGCACUUAGCGCCAUUAGCGUGUUUAAUAUCUUCAUUGUGAUGGCUUCGACGAACGAAUACGCGCGCAAGAUCCUUAACUCACCGAACCACGCAGAACCCUGCCUUGUGCACUCGGCGAAGCACAUCCUUCGUCCUGAUAACUGGGUCUUUCUUACCGGAAGAGUGCAUGUGGAGUACCGCCGAGUCUUGAACACGCUCUUCACCCGCAAAGCACUUGGCGUGUACGUGGGCAUCCAGGAUGCGAUCACGCGCAAGUACAUCGCGAAGUGGCUCGCCGAUUCGGCCCAGGAUUCUUCGCCGAAGCCUAUCAUGAUGGCUGCGCGCGACCUCAACAUGGAAACGUCCCUCCGGGUGUUCUGCGGUCCCCACAUUCCUGACCACGCCGCCAAAGAGAUCACGGACAAAUACUGGAUGAUCACUGUCGCCCUCGAGCUCGUCAACUUCCCGAUUCCGCUGCCCGGCACCAAGGUCUACCGCGCGAUCCAGGCACGCAAGGUUGCACUCCGUUGGCUUGAGCAUGCUGCGCACGAGAGCAAGAAGUCGAUGGCGGCCGGCGGCGAGCCCGAGUGCAUGCUGGACCAAUGGGUGCACGACCUCCAGGACCCCACCUACAAGGGCCGUCGUGACUUCAGUGACCUCGAGAUGGCCAUGGUCGUGUUCUCGUUCCUCUUCGCGAGCCAGGAUGCGAUGAGCAGCGGCCUAAUCUACGGCUUCCAGCACCUUGCCGAUCACCCGGAGGUGCUUGCGAAGGUGCGAGAAGAACAGGAACGUGUGCGCGCUGGUGACUUCGAGAAGCCGAUGACGCUCGAGAUGAUGGACGAGAUGCCGUACCUCCGCGCGGUGGUGAAGGAGAGCUUACGCGUGAAGCCCCCGGUCACGAUGGUCCCCUAUAAGACGUUGAAGGCGUUCCCGAUCUCGGACGACUACACGGUGCCCGCGGGCAGCAUGAUCAUUCCGUCCUUCUACAACUCGCUGCACGAUGCCGAGGUCUUCCCCGAACCCGACGCGUUUACCCCUGAGCGCUGGCUCGACGCGAACGGCAGUGCGAACCAAAACCCGCGGAAUUACCUUGUGUUCGGCAGCGGUCCGCACAAGUGCAUCGGGAUCGAGUACGCGGUGAUGAACAUUGGUCUUGUGCUUGCGGAUGCGGCUGUCCUCAUGAACUGGGAUCACGUUCGCACAGAAAAGAGUGACAAAGUCCAGAUUAUCGCGACCUUGUUCCCUCAGGAUGGAUGUCUUCUUAAGAUAACGCCCCGUCAGCACGCAUAAUCGCAGAGACGACACGCAUAUUACCUUACUUAUUCACUUUAUUAGAACUGUCCUAUCUUUUUCACGUCACUGGGGUCUGGCAAAAUACCCUUACCCUACGAAUCUCGUCGCAUUGCUGUGUAAUUACUCGAAUGGAUACAUCGAUUGUCCGAAGCGUAA